AUGGGGGGGUUUAAGAUUGGGGACGACCCCGGGUGGGAAAAAAUUGGGGUAGAGUUAAUGGGGCGCUUCAAAAAGGGGGGGGUCAUUUGGGGGAGUUUGGAGGUUUCCCAAAAGGAAAUGGAGAAGGGGGUUGUAAACCUGGGGCCUGCGGACCAGUUGGGCAUCAUGGACCACGAGGAGGCGAGGCGGAAGCACACCGGAGGGAAGGUGCUCGGCUUCUUCUAUUAG